AUGGAAAUCAUUGCGGAGAGGUUCUACUCGAACCUUUUCCGUUCAUCAACUCCUGUGUCAAGCCCGAUCAUCCCCACUGGUGAAGCUCCACCACGGAUUCUUCCUUCGGAAGUACGAGUCGCUAUCAAGAGCAUGAAACCUGGCACAGCCCUCGGACCUGAUUUUAUAUCAGCAGACUUUCGUCGGGCUGGUGGCCAUCCGCUUCAUGUAAUCUUAGCAGUGCACAUGACAUCCUAUCUUCAGAAGGAAAGGAUCCCAGACAAGUGGAAGAUCUCGCGAACCGUUCUUAUCCAUAAGAAAGGUGACCGAGAGGACCUUCGAAACCAUCCGAUAUACUUGCUGAGCGUGUUAUACAAAGUAUUCACCAAGAUCAUCCUCACGCGCAUAUCUAGGACGCUGAAUGAAGCCCAGCCUCAAGAGCAAGCUGGAUUCCGCUAG